GCGCUAUUAUACCGGCGAAUGAAAACGAGGCUAUCUACACUGCAUGUUCUGAUAACCGGUCAGUCUGUAAGAAAAAUGGCCAUGUUAGCAAGUAAAGUACCUCUAUUUGCACCCUCAGGGGUGCAAGUUCGUAACAUGGCCACACUUAAAGAGAUUGCUGCGCGUCUUAAAUCUGUCAAAAAUAUUCAGAAGAUAACAAAGUCAAUGAAGAUGAUAGCAGCAGCUAGGUAUACAAAGGCAGAAAGAGAGUUGAAACCUGCUAGGCAAUAUGGCUCAGGACCUCAAGAUUUUUAUUCAAAGGCUGAACUUGAAGCAGACGUAAGCAAACCUAACCAUCUUAUCAUUGGUAUGUCAAGUGAUAGGGGGCUCUGCGGGGGUAUACAUAGCAGUGUAUCGAAGGCCAUUAAACGAACGCUUGACGAGAAACCAGAAGGUGUAACAACGAAAGUAAUCACAAUUGGUGAUAAAAUCCGAGGACAACUUUUAAGAGUUCAUGCUGAUAAGCUGAUGAUGGGUUUCUCCGAGGUUGGCAGGAAGUCACCAAAUUUUACUGUAGCUUCAAAUGUGGCAAGCGCCAUCCUUGACAGCGGUUACGAAUUUGAUGUUGGAGAAAUCAUUUACAAUCGCUUUAGGACUGUUAUAUCCUAUGAUACUCUCAGCCAAGCCCUGAUGCCUUUGGAGACUUUAACUUCAUCAGGUAAAAGGCUUUCUGUUCAUCUUAUUUAA